AUGAAAUUUUUAAUAUAUAUUCUAGUACUGAAUGCUUUUUUAAUAAAUUUAUUUGAAGCUAAAGACCUCGUUGUAGGUACUAGAGUGAACAAUUUGUUGAUAUCCACAGAGAAAGUAGUUUAUCGCGCACUACCGCUUUUAAGGAGGGAUAAGGAUUACACGUUUGUAGAUUCACAGCGGAGGAUCAUAAAAGGUAUAAUCGCACGCGACAUAUCUCGAAGCGGCGCGGUUGCGACGGUCACGGCUGGAGGCAUCGGCGCCAACCACGUAACCAUACACUUUCAAAGCGAUCGCGGCGAGGGACUCAAUUACCUAGUGCUAAUAUUUACGAAGAACUCUUAA